AUGGAGAGCUGGGUCAGGGAAUGCAGGCCAGAGACCAGUUGCCAGGCAGUGGCCCUGGCAGAAGGGUUCCUCCUGAGCCAAGCAGAGGACAAGAAUCCAGACCAGGAGGUGCAGGAAAACAUCGAGUGUUACCCGGGAGCAGCUUUUCUGGGUGAGGCCUUGAAACCAACAAUAAAUUCUUUGCCAACUCUUUGCAGCAGAAAUAAAGCAACUUCCACGUGGUCAGAGCAGGGUCCGGUGACCUUCGAGGACGUGUCUGUUCAUUUCACCAAGGAGGAGUGGGCUCUACUGGAUGCGGAAAAAAGAAGCCUUUACAAGGAAGUCAUGGAGGAGAAUUUUCAGAAUGUGGCCUCUCUGGGACUUCUGGUUCCCAAACCUGAGAGUAUUUCCAUCAUUCAAGGAAAUGGACAUCCAUUUUUCCAGGACCCAGAAGAAAGAGAGAGAUCAGCAGGUACGAACCUCUUUGUACGGACCAUUUUCUGGUGUAUCCGGAUAGGACCUCCUUGGCUAGCCUUCAUUCACUGGAGAAGAGAGCGAUUUUUGAAGAGGAAACAGUCAAAAAUAGAUAGGAAAGAUUUCUCAAACAGUCUAACGAGUCUCCUCUUUAUUCCAGAGAUUGAGGGUACCCAAAGAAAGCCUCAGGAAGAACUGGAAGAACUCCCAUUGGAAGGAGAACAGAAGAGAAGCAGCAUUGGGACAAAAGGGGAGGAAUCAUCUCAUCAACAAAUUCAUACAGGAGAGAAACCACAUAAAUGUGAGCUCUGUGGGAAGAGCUUUGUUCAGAACGGAAACCUUACUGUCCAUCAACGAAUCCACAUACUGGAGAAACCCUAUAAUUGCGCCGAGUGUGGAAAGAGCUUUUUUCAGAAUGAAGAAUUUACUAUCCAUCAACGAAUACAUACAAGGGUGAAACCGUAUAAAUGCAUGGAAUGUGGGAAGAGCUUUGUUCGGAAUACACAUCUUACUGUCCAUCGACGAAUCCACACAGGGGAGAAGCCAUAUAAAUGUGUAGAGUGUGGGAAGAGCUUUGCUCACAGUGCACGUCUUACUAUCCAUCGACGAAGUCACACAGGGGAGAAACCAUAUAAAUGUGUGGAAUGCGGGAAGAACUUUGCUGACAGUUCAUAUCUUACUGAACAUCAAAGAAUCCACACAGGGGAGAAACCAUAUAAAUGUGUGGAGUGCGGGAAGAGUUUUGCUGACAGUUCAUAUCUUAAUGUCCAUCGACGAAUCCACACAGGGGAGAAACCAUAUAAAUGCAUGGAGUGUGGGAAGAGCUUUACACGGAGUACACAUCUUACUCUCCAUCAACGAAUACACACAGGUGAGAAGCCAUAUAAAUGUGUGGAGUGUGGGAAGAGCUUUGCUGACAAGUCACAUUUUAAUGUCCAUCGACGAAUACACACAGGGGAGAGACCAUAUAAAUGUGUGGAGUGUGGAAAGACCUUUGCUCAUAAUCCAGAGCUUACUGUCCACCACCGAAUCCAUACAGGGGAGAAACCAUUUGAAUGUUUUGAGUGUGGGAAGAGCUUUGUUCACAGUCCACAGCUUACUGUUCAUCAACGAAUACACACAGGGGAGAAACCAUAUAAAUGCAUGGAGUGUGGGAAGAGCUUUGCUCGGAGGGCUCUACUUACUGUUCAUCGACAAAUCCACACAGGGGAGAAACCAUACAAAUGUAUGGACUGUGGGAAGACAUUUGCUCGAAAUUCAAGGCUUACUGUACAUCAAAGAAUCCACACAGGGGAGAAGCCGUAUAAAUGUGUAGAGUGUGGGAAGAGCUUUUCUGACAAUUCAUAUCUUAUGGACCAUCAACGAACUCACACAGGGGAGAAACCAUAUAAAUGCAUGGAGUGUGGGAAGAGCUUUACUCAAAGGGCUCACCGUUCUGUCCAUCGACGAAUCCACAGAGGAGAGAAACCAUAUAAAUACAGGGAGAGUGGGAAGACCUUUGCUAAGAGUACACAUCUAAGGGACCAUCUACGAAUCCAGACAGCGGAGAAACCAUAUAAAUGUGUGGAGUGUGGGAAGAUGUUUGCUCAGAGUACAGCACUUAACGUCCAUCAACGAAUGCACACAGGGGAGAAACCAUAUCACUGUGUGGAGUGUGGGAAGAGCUUUGCUCGGAAGCCACAUCUUAUUGUCCAUCGACGAAGUCACACAGGGGAGAAACCAUAUAAAUGUGUGGAGUGUGGGAAGAGCUUUCCUCAGAUAGCCCACCUUAUUGUCCAUCGCCGAAUCCACACCGGCGAGAGACCAUAUCACUGUGUGGAUUGUGGGAAGAGCUUUCUUCAGAUGGCCCACCUUACUUCCCAUCGACGAAGCCACACAGGGGAGAAACCAUAUAAAUGCAUGGAGUGUGGAAAGGCAUAUGCUUGGAGUACAGAGCUUACUAUCCAUAAACGUAUCCAUACAGGGGAGAGACCAUAUAAAUGCAUCGAGUGUGGGAAGACCUAUACACGGAAAAAACAUCUUACUGCCCAUCGACGAAUCCACACAGGGGAGAAGCCAUAUAAACGUAUUGAGAAUGGAAGACCUUUACUCUCAGUACACAGCUUACUGAUCAUCGAUGAAUCUGGACAGGAGAAACCAUAUAAAUGUGUGUAGUGUGAAAAGACGUUUUCUCAGAGAUCAGGCCUUAUUGUGCAUCCGCGAAUCCAUUCAGCAGAGAAACCAUAUAAAUGGUUAGAGUCUGGAAGAAAGUUGUGUUUGAAAAAAUCAUCUUUUCGGUCAUCCGGGGAAAUGGCAACCUGAACAGGACCAUUUUUAAAACAGUCCGUACUUAUCUUGUUGUAGAUGUAUUUAUGCCAGUUCAGAAGAAAUGUAUUUUUCUAUCCAUACACCUCUCCUUAUGAGGGAGACCUGAUAGGUGAAUCCAUGGAAUGCUUGCCUGAUUUAUUCAGACCCCACCUGGGUU